AAUGAGAACAGACCUUAAUACACUAAAUGUUGUAAGAAGCUAUACACCCCCGAAAUAUUUUUUUUUACUCCGACAUUGACACAAGCACGUGCUUAUCACGUGGUGGCGUUAAAUGAGCCAUUUCCCACACUUUUUCCCACCCUUUCCCUCCUCGGAUUUUCCCUCUUUCUCUCUCCUCUCCCAAUUUACAGCAAUGGCGGAAAUUGGCAACUAUGACGUCACCUCUAGUCUUCCAUACAAGCUCAUGCUUUCCUGCCCAUCUGGUCUCCUUCCUUCUCAGGUGUCAGUGAUUUUUGACAAAUUGUAUGAUCGUAUCCCGCAUCCAGAUUUCGACCUUGAAAAAUCGGUUGAUCAGAUAUGGGAUCAAAGAGCUCAACAAAAUACAUCAUUGUAUAAUGGAAAGAAGUUCAGAUAUGGUGGACAUGCCUUUCAUAGUGCGGGUGGUGUUGAUUGUAAGAGCGAUUGUUACUUGAACUUGCACCUUGGUUUGACAGAUUACAGGACUUUCGUGGGAACAAACCUAAAUCCAUUAUGGGAAAAGUUUCUAGUUCAAUCAGAAGAUGAAACUGUACGAUGUCAACACACUUCAAAUCCACUUGGUAAUGGUGGAAUUGUAGAGACUUCUGAUGGAAAGAUUCUUGUGCUGAAACGAAGUAAUAAUGUGGGGGAAUUUCCCGGUCAUUUUGUUUUCCCUGGUGGUCAUCCAGAGCCCGAAGAGGUUGGAAUUAUAUCUCAUGACAAUUUGGAUCCUGAAUCCUUGUGUAGAAGAGUUUCUAUGGAGAUGUUUGAUAGUAUUGUUCGUGAAGUAGUAGAAGAAACUGGAGUGCCAGCCAUAUCUUUGUCCAACCCAGUUUUCAUUGGUAUAUCAAGGAGGGAACUGAAUGUGCGACCUACUGCUUUCUUUUUUAUGAAAUGCUCACUUCAGUCAAAAGAAAUUGAGAAGUUAUACAGUUCAGCUCAAGAUGGCUUCGAGUCCACUCAACUUUGUACAAUUUCAAAGGAUGAAUUGGAAAGCGUGGCGUGGAAGAUGCCUGGUUGUCAUCAUGGCGGAUUAGCUCUCUACAAGUUGAUGGAGGAUGCAAACUAAAACCGAGAGUAAAUCGUUCCCUAUAAAACACCAGUGAUACCCUCAAAUUCAUGUAGUUUUUGUAAAGCUUAUGGGAGCUUUAUUCUAGGCAUUGAUUUGAAGACUAUAUUUUAUGUGGUGACGGUAUUAUCUUCGACCUAACUAAUUGUUUGUAUUACUAGCAUGGUAGUGUUUUAGAUUUGAUGACGUUUCCAAAUAAGUGAUUAUGUAUAGAAGAGCAACCAAAUCUCUCAUUUCCUAAUUGUCAAACGUUGCAGUUGGUUUUCUGUCCUAGACCUUGGAAAUGUUGUUGAAUUCUACAUGGAGCCAUCAUAUUCAUAUACUAGUAAGAGAGAACAGGAUAAGGUUUGUUAA